AUGUCGAACGACAGAGACAGCAGCCCCCCUUCCGCUGCUCGCGAGCGCCGGGGCUCUGUCACUUCCGCUGCCUUCUCCAGCUUGUUCCAGCGCAGCAACUCCACCUCAGCCGGUUCCAACGGCAACGGCCAGGGCUCUGCAGCCGCCAUGGCUAGAGACCCGCGCCGUCGUCUUUCUGUUACGACCCUUGGCCUAUCUGGCGGCGGCCCCGCCUCUGCGACUGGGGCUCUCCAAGGGCUACGACGAGGCAGCAUCUCGACCAACAAUUCCGAUUCCAUUGAUGAGAAUGCAGUCGAGGAUGACGAAACCUCCCGCACUGCUCCCACUACCCCCUUUGCUCGCCGAAUGAGCUUCGGUGCCAGUGCCAUGCGUUCCAUGCGAGCACCAUCCGGCACGAGCCCUGGUUCAACUGGUAGGCCCGACCCAGCACGUCGUUCUUCAGGCGGCACUGCCCGCCAGCCUUCUGUGGUCCCAACCUCCACUACGGCUGCUGGUCGUAGGACCAGCACCGCUCAGGCAAGCACAGCACAACCCGCAAGAUCACCUUCUGACAUACUUUCUGCUGCUCGUGCAGACCAAGGCUUCAAUUGGUCAGAGCAGCUUAGAUCCCGCGCCGAGAGCAGCGUAUCGGGCAUGCGCCCAUCCUUUAGCAUGGGCAGUUCUGGCUCCCCUCCCCGACAUGGAAGCGUCCAACACGACCGCGCCAAAUCCGUCUCCGAUAUGCCGGUGCCACCUCAGCAGGCCGCUACUCUGAAGCCCAAGCAGCCUGAGCGACCCAAGCCCGACGCUAUGCAGGAACGAAUCCUCAAAGGCGACUUCUACAUGGAUUGA